AUGAUACCUGGAGGCUUAACUGAAGCCAAACCUGCCACUCCAGAAAUCCAGGAGAUCGCUAACACGGUCAAACCACAGCUUGAAGAAAAAACAAAUGAGACUUAUGAAGAAUUUGAAGCUGUGGAAUAUAAAACUCAAGUGGUUGCUGGAAUGAAUUACUACAUUAAGAUACGAGUAGGUAACGAUCGUUAUACUCACAUAAAAGUAUUCAAAAGCCUUCCUCAACAAAAUCAGUCUUUGGAACUUACUGGCUACCAGGCUGACAAAAACAAGGAUGACGAGCUCAUGGGCUUCUAG